AUGGCGACGCCUACGCCCACGCCCACGACCAACGAGUCGCGGUUCAAGGCGCAGAACCAAACAACACAAGAGCGCAUCUCAACCAACACAGUGGGCCUCGUCACGCAUGCCGACUUUCGCAAGCGUCGCGCAGAGGUUCUCGAGGCCCAAGAGAGGGAAGCUCACGAGCGCGAGGCCACGGGGACACCAGUCGACCGGUCACUGACCUCGACCCCCGACCCGGCCGCCACGAAGCCCGAUAGCAGUGCCGUCAAGUUCAAGAAGCGGGAAAAGAAGCGGAAGGUUGCAAAGCUCAGCUUCGACGACGAUGAAGCAGACCAAGGCACAGGCGAAGACACGGAAGAUGGGGCGGCAACAGCAACGAACGAGCCCCCCAAGAGCAAGUUCAAGGCCAACUCCUCCGUCUCGGUUGUGCCCCGCGCCAUGACCAAGGCCGCGCUGCGACGAGAGGCUGCAGAGCGCGAAGUGCUGAGGAAGGAGUUCCUGGAGCGGCAGGAGGCAGUCAAGACCUCCGAGAUCGCAAUCCCUUUUGUUUUCUACGAUGGCUCCAACAUACCUGGCGGCACGGUCCGUGUCAAGAAGGGCGACUUCAUAUGGAUUUUCCUCGACAAGAGCAGAAAGGUCGGCGCUGAUCUGGGGGUUGGUGACAAGGCCAAUGCGAGGAGAGAAUGGGCAAGAGUCGGUGUUGACGAUCUGAUGAUGGUUCGAGGGAACAUGAUUAUUCCUCAUCAUUACGAGUUCCUGUAUUUUAUCAUGAACAAGACCACCGGCCCCAACGAUAAACGCCUCUUCGACUACACCAACGAGGCACCGCCCAAACCCUCCGAAGUACUUCCUCAUGAUCCGCUCUCGACUGCGGCCAGCAGAGCUGCCAAGGCUGCAGAAGAGAUGAGCAAGUUGGAGGGCGCAUCAGACGACCCGACCUUCACCAAAGUUGUCGAUCGGCGCUGGUAUGAGCGCAACAAGCACAUCUACCCUGCCAGUAUGUGGCAAGAGUUCGACCCGGAGAAGGAUUAUACACAAGAAGUCCGGCGCGACUUGGGCGGCAACACGUUCUUCUACUCAUGA